AUCAACCUCAGAGACAUGACGGUGCACCUCAGUGGGGAGGAGAUGUAAACACGAAUGAACAAUGGUGUUCUGUUGUCAAAGGGAAACUAGGAGAUUUCAGGCUCGUCAUGGGUGGUGAAGUAGAUUGUGUACGAGUGCUCAAGUUAUUAGAUCGAUACACCGGUCAACCAGAUACCUAUGUCGAGCUCAAAACGUCGAUGACGAUAAGACCAGGAGUAGUCUCUGACGAAAAGUCAUUUGAAAAGAAACUGCUCAAGUUCUAUUUCCAGUCCUUCCUCCUUGGUGUACCGGAGAUCAUAGUCGGCUUUCGUAAUCCACGGGGUAUACUACAAAACCUACAAACCUUCAAGACACUGGAAAUCCCCAGGAUGUGGAUGGAAGACGCAGGGAAUGAAGAUAAUGGGAUUACUCGUGUAGGUCGCCUACGAUUUACUCCUAGUGAUGGCGUUACUUUUAGGAUACUGGAUAGAGAGAGUGUCGGGGAGGUUGAGAAUGGAGAGGAUAGAGUUGGUUUUCUGCCCACGUGGUAUAUGGAGCCAAAUCCCGAUUCAAAGCAAAACUA